UUUGUAUUGCCAAAAGAAAUCAACUCUCCAACAAGAAUUAAUGGCAAAUCUAGAGGGAGGAGGAAUCAACAACAACUUAGAUGAUGAAGAGAAAUUGUUGAAUGAGUUAUCUAGUGGCAUCCACCACAACCACCAUCAACAAAUAAUUUCUUUACGUAACGUUGUGAAGUUUUUUCUCUUGUUUAUCGCGAUCACCCUUUCAUCUCUCCUUCUUUAUCACUCUUCUUCUAAUAACUACUCUCUCCAAUUCUUUCCUAUUCACUCAUAUAAACAUGCUCCUUCAUUUGCUUUUGACUCGAACUAUGUAAACACAAAUGGCUCGGCAGCAGAAAAUUCGCGUCAUGGCUACAAUAGUAGUACCGCAAAUGUUUCAAAAUAUAAGGAGCAAAAAAGCAAGUUAGAGGAAGUGUUGGAAAAAGCAGCAAUGGGAGACAAAACAGUGAUAAUAACAACAUUAAAUGCAGCAUGGACAGAACCAAACUCAAUAUUUGAUGUAUUUUUGAAAAGUUUUAGGGUUGGGAACCAAACAACAUCACUGUUGAAACAUGUUUUAGUUGCAUGUUUGGACCAAACAGCAUAUUCAAGAUGUUUGGAGAAAAAACAAGUUCAUUGCUAUGCACUCACUACAAAAGAUGUUGAUUUCUCUGGUGAAGCACAUUUUAUGAGUGAUGAUUAUUUGAAGAUGAUGUGGAGAAGGAUUGAUUUUCUAAGACAUGUUCUUGAGAUGGGAUACAACUUCAUUUUCACAGAUGCUGAUAUAUUAUGGUUUCGACAACCAUUUGCACAUUUUUACCCGGAUGCUGAUUUCCAAAUUGCUUGUGACCAUUACUGGUUUGAUUCAACAAACUUAGACAAUUCACCAAAUGGAGGUUUCAAUUAUGUCAAAUCAAAUGAACGUACCAUUCAAUUUUACAAAUUUUGGUACAAAGCAAGAGAGGCUUAUCCAGGAAAACAUGAUCAAGAUGUGCUCAACAUGAUCAAACACAACCCAUUCAUCAAAGAUAUUGGAUUGAAAAUUAGGUUCUUGGAUACAGCUUUUUUUGGAGGAUUUUGUGAGCCAAGCAAAGAUCUUAAUCUUGUUUGCACAAUGCAUGCAAAUUGUUGUAUUGGAAUUGGUAAUAAAAUGCAUGACUUAACUAUGGCACUUGAUGAUUGGGAAAAGUAUGUCACUUUGAAUGGGGAUGAAAAGAUGUUAAGGCCACAAACUUGGACUGUACCAAGAAUAUGUGGUUAAAUAUAAUUCAGUAUUUAAAAAUAUUACUAUUAUCUUCCUUUCUCUGUUUGUUCUAUUAAUUUGUGGUUCAUGCAAGUGUAAAAAAAAAAUCCUUUGGUUUUUUUCCUUCUCUUUUUUGUUCCCUUUUGUAGUAUGUAACUUGUCUUAUGUUCAAAGAUUGCAAAUUCCAACUAUUUUUUUUUCAAGG